AUGAGCCCGCCAGCCACCGGAACCGUGCAGCAAAGCACAAGGCAACUUUCUCGUCGCAAGGCUCCUGCAAAAAGUGCUGUGAAAGGACGAGCCGGGUCGUCCGCCAAUCCAAUCGUUCUGGAUGAUGACAUGGCGCCGUCGACAUCACAGAAGCCCUCCGCCAAGUCCCAGAGCACGAGCAAAGGUCCCUACACGCCAGCGAAGAAGCCAUCAGCAAAGCCAUCAGCAAAGCCAUCACAGCAGGCGGCGAAAUCGCCGCCAAGUCGGAAAAGAAAGGCCGAGGCAGGCGCGUCGCCCACAGAGGAGAAGCGGGCACGGAGAUUCCGCGCCCAGGCACCGCAGGCCUUUCACGCCGUCUAUGAGAGAGCCCUUGCUCAGCGCUUCUAUGUGCUGAAGCGGACGCCGGAUGGGACGGCAGAUUGUCCCACGGAGACAUUUGAGAUGACCGGGUCGACUGGCAAUGUCUAUACCGUCCAUAUCGGCCGGCAGCCGCAGUGCAACUGCCCUCACGCCCGCAAGGGCAAUCAGUGCAAACACGUCUUAUACAUUCUAGCCCGGGCCCUGCACGCUCCAUUCCAUCUGGUCUACCAGUCCGCGUUGCUCAGCACCGAGCUACGCACAAUCUUCGCGAGCGAGCCUAACAGGAAUGAUGCCUCCGGGAGCGCUACUUCCGGCAAGCGCAAGCCAGUUGAAGGAGACUGCCCCAUUUGCUACUGCGAUCUGGACGCCGACAGCCCCGAAUCUGUCGUCUGGUGCCGUGCUGCGUGCGGACAGAACAUUCACCAAACAUGCUUCCAGAUGUGGGCCGCGACCAAGGCGCAUGGCACCGUCACUUGUCCCAUGUGCCGUAGCACGUGGGAGGGCGACCCGGACGCCGCGUCUCGGGUACGCAUGGACAUGGCCGUCGACAGCGAGGGCUACGCCAAUGUCGGUCGCCAGCUCGGCAUCAGUUCUGUUCGAGAUGAGAGCACGUACUCGCAAUGGGGUUUUACGCGACGAGGACAUCUCUUCUGA